AGAAUGAAAUCACAAUCUUACUAAUCCAGUUCUAGAUAUGAGUAUCAGAUUAUGAAUGAAAAGCAUAAUUCACGUUCAAUGGAAGUGAUGAGGUGAUUCUUUCAUAUUUAUUCACAAUAUGGGGUGCGCUAACUCGAAAACCAGUGAAAUAGAACUUACACCAGUGACACACAGUGCUGCCGGUAACUGUGAUAUAAGAGUGGAAUCAGUGAGUCAGUAUCACGAACAGAUCACAGGUGCAUUACAAAGAGAUUUCUUGGACAAUCAGCAAAUAUUUUUAUUGAAUAGUAUGUUGUUGAACGUUCAGUUUUUCGAGAAUUACCAAAAUGACAUAGUUAAACUUUUUCACUCCACAACAAACAAAAAGGAGAAAGCACUCAAUCGAAUUCUACUGCAACACGAGACAGUUGAAUGUACGUGUCCUGACAUCAUUAUAGACAAUGUGAACAAGAACAUUCGCUAUAGACAACUACACGGACCAAAGAAGAACAAACCUGAUACACUGGCACCAAAAAGAUUGUUCGUUGUCUAUGAUAGAAUCGAGGUAGUGAACAGUGUGGAAAUCCCCCAGUACACAUCGAUUGACAAACCAGCGUAUCAAGUCAGACUAGAAAAUUCUAAUAAAAAAGGCUUCGUACGGCUGAAAUACAUAGACGUAAACAAUCCCCCGAAAAGCAAUGCGGUGCCCUCAGAACCUCCCAAAGUACCACCAGAACCCACCACAGUACCACCAAAACCCACCACAGUACCACCAGAACCCACCACAGUACCGCCAAAACCCACCGCAGUACCACCAGAACCCACCACAGUACCACCGGAACCCGUUCCAUCCACCUCCAAAGACCCAGAUCCGGAAAUAUACGAGUACAAUACCAUAUACCAGCUGAAGACCCCUAAACCUCUGGUAGUCAGCAAGUUAUCUGUAAGGAGAGACACCCUUCCCGAAGCUUGUUUCAACAAGUUAAAAGUGCCGAUAUCUCAUGUCCAGUUUGCUGAAAUACGGAUGCAGAACGAAGACAAAAACGUAGAGAUCAAAAUCGAGGACUAUUUCGAUACGGUCACCUAUAUUGACGCUAAAGGGUUCAUGGAUUAUUUCAAGAACGGGCUGUUUCCGAAUUCGUUGGGAAAGUCGAUGGGGUUCAAUGACAAGAAUAUUAACGAGGCGAAGGCUAUACCUGGGAAAAUUUUUUGUAACCUGACAGAUGAUAAAGACAACCCGAUUCCUUGUGAGGUCAUACCAUCAGUGUCGAUUCCCUGGCCGGAGGACCAGACCUAUGAAUUUAUGCAUCGCGAGGAACGGCCCACAGUGACUGACACACGGAACGGGUUUGUGUACCGCUGGCCCACCGACGACAUGCUCCAGGAGAUCGAGCAGAUGAGCUGCGUUGUCGUGCCGAGCGGGUAUUGGGAGAAGAAGGGCCAAACGCCGGAUGCCACCCUCGAAUGGCAGAUCGCCUUCCCCAAGGCCGAAAGGUAUUUAGAGGCGCGCAUGUCCCACGCGCAGAUCAAGUGCUACCUGUUCCUAUUGGCGUUGUUGAAGACCUACAUCGAGCCGAAGACUCAUCAGCACGGGUUGCUUCCAGAGCACAUCAGGUGUCACAUGUUUUGGGAGUGUGAGGCCAAUUAUCGUGACUGGCCUGAACAUCGGUUAGGUGAUAAAAUCAUGCAAGUAAUACAAAAUCUGAACAACCACCUUUCAAGAGGGGUAUUACCUGAUUACUUCAUCAAAUCGAAAAAUCUAUUCCGCAAUAUUCCCAAAAAAUAUCUCCAAUUCGCUCAAAAACAGUUCCACAUCAUCAUCCAAUCACCCUCUAUGUAUUUCCUAAGAGCUCUGAGGAAUAUUUGGUACUACCCUGGAAAGUUCUAUGCACCUGUCGACUUCAAGGAGUUAUACAAGAUUCUUACUGAGCCUCAAGGACCAAAGAACAUUAUUCAAAGGGUUCAUAGUGUGGCAAACCAGAACUCUAAGUCGAGAAAAUAUGACGACCGCGAUUUGCAGAUAAAAUAUGAAAGAGAAUUGGAAAGAAGGGCAAAGGUACUACAAAAAAUUAAGGAGAAACAGGAAGAGGAAAACAAUAAGAAUAGGAAAGACUCUGUUGACUCAAUUGAUUUGGAGUGGAUCUGCAAAAACGAUCUUGACAGAUACAAGUCCCGAGCCCUACUCAUCUACUUCAUCCGUAUCUACAUCCAAAUAGCGACAGACAGCCUGCGAUUGGCCGCGAACAACCAAGCCAAGUUCUACUUGAAGCAAGCCUCUUACCUGUCCAUCAUCCUGGAACGCAUCUCCCCCAUAUUCAGGGAGGACGCCAGCGAAUUCAAAGCGGCCAUCCACGAGCUGGAGCAGGCCUCCAUUUCCGUGAAGGUGGCCGACAAAGAUGGAGACGACCUUCCCCCCAUGACGCCUGUCAGAAAUUCGGGCCAGUUCGAUUUUUCGGCGGAGCAAAGGGUGAGGAGCAACACGAUCGACCGCGAGAAUCGCGUCAAUUCCGUCGGUGGCAGCGAGGUUAGGGUAAAGUUUGCGCCGAGUGUUGCCAAGAAAACGGCUGUGCAGAGAGUCAAGUCUAUGGAAGUUGCGCCUCGGAAGAGCGUUACGUUUAUUGAAUCUAAGUGAAUGAAAUAUUGUGGUAUGUACCUCAGACUAAAUAACAAUCAUUCAUCAAUCAUUGAAAAGUAUAAGACAACAAUUCGAAACCCCAAACACGGAUAAAUGAAUGUAAUCACGAAUGGUGGGGAUAACUCUUCGAAUACGAAGACGACCGGACGACCCCAUAGAUGGCUAACG